AUGGGAACUUUGGCACUUGACAAUGAAAAUGUAGGCUCGGAUGUUUACUGCCAUUUGGGGCUAAAGGAAUCGGCAAAAGGAGUUAUGAAAAUCCCUCGGGUUCUGUCACCUCUCUCAUCACUUCUUGAGAGAUGUGUUCAAAAGAAUGAGAUGCUAUUGGAGGCAACGGACAUUAAAGAAGUCAUGACCAUAUUUCAUGGUUUACGAGCACCCACUUUGAGCAUUCGGCAAUAUGUUGAUCGCAUCUUUAAAUACUCUGGCUGUAGCCCAUCAUGCUUCGUUGUUGCACAGAUCUAUGUGGACAGAUUUAUCCAGUGCACAGAAGUCCGUUUAACUUCUUUCAAUGUUCACCGGCUUCUGAUAACAAGUGUAAUGCUAGCAGCGAAGUUUAUUGAUGACGCAUUCUUCAACAAUGCAUACUAUGCCAAAGUAGGAGGAGUGAGCACAAGUGAGUUGAAUAGGUUGGAAAUGAAGUUCUUGUUUACUAUAGAUUUCAGGCUUCAAGUUAGCAUAGAGACAUUUAAGAGAUACUGUUCUCAGUUGGAAAAGGAAGCUGCAGGGCUCCAGAUUGAACGUUCGAUCCAAGCCUGUGGGAUCAAAGAGAAUUGGUCCAACAAAGACGAUUCAACUUGUGCUCCUACAGUUGCAAGAUGA